CCAAUUAAAACAAACUUGUGAGUAGGGGUGGCAGUUCGGUUACCGGUUAUCCACGAACCGAUAACCGAAGUAACCGAACUUCGGUCGGUUAUCGGAGGCUAGACGAAAUGGUUUUUGGUCUUAAAAGUGGGUCGGUUAACCGAUAACCGAGAUAACCGAGAAACCGAAGCCUAUUUCGGGCGGUUUUCGGUAGGGGGAGGGGUUAUUUUGGUUAACCGAUAACCGGCCGAUCGGUUAUCGGUUAUAACCGAAAUAACCGAAAUGCCACCCCUACUUGUGAGUUGUGAGUUGUGACACAUUCCAUAGAAAAUUAUUAUCAUUAUUAAUUAUUAUUAUGAUUAGCAAUUGCAAUGGAAAAGGAAUGAGAGGACCCUAUGAAUAGUGAUGGCAAAUCUGGAUUGGAUUGUUUACUAUCCGGUCUCGUUCCGGGUUAUAUGGUCCGGUUUCGGGUAAAACCAAAACAUCCGGACCAAAUAGCCAGCCGUAAUGGCAAUGCGACGGGUAGACGGAUAUCUUAAUACUUAUGUCUCGUCCCACAUUAUUUGUUAUGUGUAUUUCUCGGGUGAGAACCUUCACGUAAUGUGUGUCGCCGAUGUUGAAAGAUAUUCGUAAGAAAGAGAAUUAGAACGAAGAGAAUAUUCAGAGAAACGAAGAUAACUACAACCUCUAAUGAAUUUCAUUCUUCAACAUAUCAUUAAACGAAAUACAUAGUACAUAUUUAUAGGUUAAGAAAACCCAAAAUCCCAAUCCUUCUCCUAAUAGGCCGGCGGUCUCCUCCUUUUUCCUACCCAAAACAUGAAACCCAACCUACAAGAAAAUAAUAAUAAACUCCUAAAUAAUAAAUCAAAUCAUACUUGAACAAUAAAAAUAAUAAAGACAAUUACUACUAAAAUACUAAAUAAUAAAAUAUCCAAGCCCAAAUCGAAGCCCAAUAAUUACGAUGGCUUGAUUCUUGUAACGUUAUUGCGGAUCAUGGUGGGUAAUCACCGUGCGGAUACAGGGUGAGGUGGGCCGAACCACUCUUACAUGAUUUAUGAAAAGAUAGACGCAAAAUUUUACUUUUUACAAUAAAACGAAAAGGAAAGCACUUUAUGAAUGAAAAAUAGUGUGAUAAUAAAUGGGUUAAUUAGGUCUAACUAGUUGAAAAAAAGUCAAAAUAUGAAUAGAUACUAUAAAAAUUUGAGAUAAAAUUGACUAAGAAUAGAGCUAAAUGAGAAAGGACGAAGCGAAAAUAGAUACUUAUAUACCCACGAUACUACGAGUCGGGUUCAAAUUGUCAAUUGAGAGGUAACUUUGUGUAAGUUGGUACAUUUAAUAGACGGUGGACAUUAUGAGAGAGAUACCGGCGUGUAUUGAUGGAUCCACCCCCUCCUUCCCUCUAUAAUUAUUGAUGGAUGGAUGCUUUGAAAGAUGAAGAAUCCUCACAUGAUCACAUGUGGGCGGUGGUGGCCGUAAUGUGUAGUAUGUGGCUCUUUCUUUCAAGGAUGGAAAGUAAAGGAGAGGUUUUGACGCAAAUGCAUUGUUGUUGGCUUUGCUUAUUUAUUAAUUGAAACAACACCCACCACCCACAUGCCCACCGCCAUUCUACCAUCCAAAAUCCAUCACUUGGAGUCUAUCAAGUUUUAUUGUCAUCAUACAUUUCAAGAUUGUUGAUUUUCACCUCGAUUUUUUUGGUUAAACUAUACACUAAAUUGAUUUAGAUGCUAGAACCUAUAGUUAGAUAGGAUACAACUAUACACGAACUUAAAUCAGUCAUGGGGGAUGCUCAAGUGGUGCUACAUCAACUGGCUAGCCGGUCAAUGCACGAUGCUUAUGCUGGAGCAAUUCUACGCGAGGCUUGCGUUAUGUUAGAGUCUCUCUCAAGAGUUCGUUUUGUUUACACACAUCGAGAAGCGAAUCGGGUUAUGCAUUUUGUGGCACAACAGGCCCUUCGUUAUCCUGGAAUUCAUAGUGUCCUUCACGAUUUUUCUUUCUUUGUGUAGUGUGUCUUUUGAGUCAGCACAGGUUACAAGCAGUAUGUAAAACCCGGUGCUCUUAUCUGUUUCACCUGCGAAGGUGACGCUUGACAAAAAAAAUCAGUCAAUUACGUUUUAUUAGGGGUCGUUUGGAAGUUGCGAAUGUUAAAUCGUUGCAUUGUAAUGAAUCACCAUAAUAUAAAUGCAUGUAUUGAUACAAUGGAUGCACUUUAACAAUACAUUGUUUGGUUGUUGAGAUUCUACUUUAUGCAUUGAUUUACAUAAAAUUACUUUUAUGGGGAAAUGUCAUAUUUACCCUCAACUUUUAGUAUAAGACAAAAACUAUUAGGGAUAUAAAUGAAAAAAAAAGGUUGACACAAAUCUAGAAGCAACAAUCACAACAAUCUCAACUUUUAGUUGAGAUUGUAUAAUGCAUCAUUUUUUGUGAUUGUUCGUGGGACCUACCUAAAAUAAUACAUACAUUGUUUUACACUUUGAUACUUCCAAACAUUGUAUGUGCACAAUACAUGUAUUCAACAAAUACAACUCUAACAAUCAGAACUUUCAAACGACACCUUAAUUAAACAAAAACCAUGUAAUGUAGGCAUGACCAGGCCCAAAGCAUAGCCCGACCACAAGGGACAUUUUUUUAGUGCGGCCCAAUUGUAUCGCAGUCAAGGCCGCAGCCUACAGUCUAAAUGGAAUUUAGAGUGGGCUAAGGUUUGUCCCCGAUUUUUAGAGUGGGUCAAGAUUACACGGUUUUCAUCAAGAGGCCGGCCUUCACUGCUUUUGGCCCAGGCACGGGACUAGAUAGGGCGACAACACGGGUUGUUUACAAGUAUAUAGAUAGCUGAAUAUUUUUUUCUGCAUUCCAUUCAAAUUAUUUUGCAACGAGAGUGAAAAUAAAAAAGAUAUUUUUGUCUUCACAAUGAUUUGUUUGUUUCUCAUUUAUUCUUAAAAAAAUACACAUACAAAGAUUUGUACUGUGAUCAUUUUCAACUAUGAUAAAAAUCUUAACUAAUCAUACUACAUAGAUUAGUUAUAUCAUUUUAAAUAAAAAACAUACAUGAAGCUAAAAUUAAAAAAUCACAGAACUUUUCAACGGUUAGCUAAGGUCGCUAAAUCUUCGCUCAGUACUUAUUGGUGUUUCGAUACUUCAAUUUUCAUAUUUAAUUAUUUUAAUUAUACUUUAAUACUUAAUUUAAAUUUCUAUUUAUCUUAAAAAAAAAUACACAUACAAAGAUUUGUACUGUGGUCAUUUUCAACUAUGAUAUAAAUCUUAACUAAUCAUACUACAUAUAUUAGUUAUAUCAUUUUAAAUAAAAAACAUACAUGAAGCUAAAAUUUAAAAAUCACAGAACUUUUCAACGGUUAGCUAAGGUCGCUAAAUCUUCGCUCAGUACUUAUUGGUGUUUUGAUACUUCGAUUUUCAUAUUUAAUUAUUUUAAUUAUACUUUAAUACUUAAUUUAAAUUUCUAUUUAUCUUAUAAAUAGACGAUAACUUUAAAAUCAUAGACCGAAUAUCAUUGGUUCAAUAUUACAUAUCGAAUUGCAAUAUCGAAUGUGUAGAAGCGAUGUUGAACUCCUACAUUAGUAUUAGUUUAUAGAACUACUAUGAGGCAAUCAUAUUCAUAUCUUUCUGCAAACUAUACGGGGACGAGUUCUUUAUUUUAACAUUUUUAGCUCGGUUAACCGUUAAGUUUUAAGCAUCUUCCUAAUCCGACAGCAUGAUGGAUCCAACAAUCAUUAGAAGAGGUUGAGUUUAAUAGAUUGGUUUAUUUCAUCUUUUUAUGUAUUAAAAUGAAUUUGUAGAGCAAGGACAUGUCUACAUAUACACUUUUCCAAAUAUAUACUAUUGGCACGAUAAAAUUGUCGUCUCAUUUCAAAUUUCAUACAACGAGAGCAAAACUAUGAAUGAUAAUUUUUUCUUCGCCAUUAUUUAUCUUUAUUUUGUAUAGAAAAUAGACAAGUAUUGGAAUUUGAACUAAUGUAUCUUCAAACACAUACAAAAGUCAUAACCAUGAUUUUCAAUUCGAGUAUGACUCUAUUGGUCGAACCAAUUCUAUCUAAACCUGCGUAUCUCAGCGGCUGCCGAAGGCCUAGUUGGUUGUCUACUUAGGUUGGGUCAAAUUCGAGUUUGUCUAUCUUAGUGGGAAAUCCAACCGAUUUAACCAACUGAUUCGAGAACCGGCCACUUCAAAAUGAUGUUGUUUUCAACAAUUCGUAUACGUAGCUACACUGUCAUAUCAUCCUUUUACUUAUCACAGAACCCUACAACAUGAAACAUCACAGACCAUGUUCGACUAUCCCAUCGUCUCUUCUUCUUAUUUUAGAUUUGAGUGCCUACAAUACACGACCCAACCAUCUCAAAAGCUAUCAUAAUCCCGCAAUAGCAAAUUUCAUUUUUCUCCAGCUGCACAUUCAUAGAGCCAGUCGACCUUAUCUCAUACAAAUACGAAGCAAAAAUUAUUAAGAAACAUGCAUUUGAGUUGAAACUUUAUGUGACUAACAAAGGCCAAAUUCCUUAUUUUAAUUAUUAUUUAAUAUUUUAAUUAAAUUCCUGUAUAUCUUAUAAAUAGAGAAUAACUUUAAAAUCACGCCCCAAAUAUCAUUGGUUCGAAUAUUUCAUAUUAAAUUGCAGUGUUGAAUAUGUAAAAGUGAUGUAUAAUUCUUAAAUUAGUAUUAAUUUUUAGACCUACUAUUACACAAUAGUAUUCAUAUAUGUGUGUAAACUAUAUGAGACUGGUUCUUUGAACAUUUUAGUUCGGCUAACCGUCAAAUUUCAAACCUUUUCCUAUUCUGACAUGAUUGGAUCCAACAAUCAUUAAGAGUUUAAUAAGUUGGUUUAUUUCACAUUUUUUUAAUGUGCUAAUGAAUUUGUAGGGAGAAGACAUGUCUUUAUAUACACUCUACACAAUAUAUAAUACUAAAAUGAGAAAAUUGUUGUCUCAUUUCAAAUUUCCUACAACGAAAAUGAAAGUACGAAUUAUAUUUUUGCUUCAUAAUUAUUUUACAGAAACUACAAACUUCCAAAACCCAGAAAUUGUUGCUCAAACUAAAAAUCAGAGCAUCAAAAAUCAAUGUUCGCAAAUUUUAUUUCAUAUAUCACUUAUUUGAGAGAUUUUUCUCUCUAUAAACAAAGUAAAAUGAAACAAGUUAUAGCCAAAUCAAUAGCUUUGGCUCGAAGACGAUGACGUGCUUCUUCGUGGGAGAAAGAAAUACAUGCGGUACUAUCAGAGAUCUAGAGAGCAAAGAUGAAAAGGAUACACUACGAGUUCGUGGAUAAGUACUGUGAAAUAGAUCAUCAAAUCACGGGCUUGGGGCUGAAUAAAAUGAUAGGAGGUUAGUUAGAUAGCCGAUGAUAUAGAAUUUGCCAAUUUGGUACAUCUACAGGAGAUCUCCAGAGUCGGCUUAGGAAACAAAGAAUUGAAGAGGAAGAAAAAUAUAUAGACUCUUUUAUUAACAACUAAUUGAGUGCAUGGGGGUGGAUAAACGAUGCAUUCAUUUCUCUUUUUCUUUUUUAAAAAAUAAAACAAAAUAGUAUCGUAAAAAUUUUCGGGUUUCUAUUCAUCUUUUGAAGUUAGUUCUUUUUUCGAGGCUAAUCAGAUUAUUUAAAGCUAUUAUUCUACUAAAAUGAUUUUUUUUCCACUGCAUUGAUGUAAUAUUUUGACCAAGACAUGUUAGUAGGUUAAAUGAAAUAUUAAUUUAAAUAAUAUAAUAUUCACGCUCUUUCGGCGCACUCAAAUUAUAAUUCUUGAAGAGUAUACACUCUUACGCUCCCAUUCUAGCUCCUGCUCUAGCUCCCGCUCCGCAAAUUGGUAAGAUAAAUCCGUCAAGUCAAUUCUGUUAACAAAGAGACUACUGGAAGAACUCGCCUUCCAUCACAUAUUGUCUUUUCUCGCAAACACCCCAUGCUCAAUUUUCACUUGGUCGUUACUCAUUAGUUCCACUGCUGACACACAUCGCCACCAUAGGAGUUCGACCUUCAUCGCGUGACGAAUACAUGAUGUUGGAGUGCAUUUUAGGAGCUCGAAGGAGGAUAGAAGAAAAUAGCAGUUAGAGAAACAAAUGUAGAUAGUCCGGUCGAGGAAGAAUAUAUUCAUAUGUAGAUGAGAUUUUAUAUAAUUUAUAAAUGUAUGAACAAUAUAAUAAUUUUUUCAUAUAUCCGGGCAAAAGCGGACUAAAACAAUUAGAUCAUUAACCCUCAACCCACUUAAUCGACUGGGCCAACGGGCUAAACCAAGUUGACAACCUUUGAUACUUGAAAUCCAUAUAUUCUAAAAAAUUUGGGUUCCAAUUUUUAUGAUUGAGUCAAAUGAAUCAAUCAAUAAUUGUGGACUUUUCAGAGAGUGGUUGACAUUCAAAAGUCGGUCUUAAAGGUUCUUUCGUGACGGACAAGUUUUUUGCGUUUAAUUAUUGUUAGGUCGAAGGAAGAGAAAGCGGGACAGAUGGAGGAUCCGAUUGUGGCUAUUAAUCAUUGGGAGUUGCAGAUGGAGAAGAUAAGCCAUAAAAGGAAGGGAUUAAAUUUAAUUUGAUAAUUCGUAUAUACUAUAUAUUAUAAGGGCAUGUUGAUGUGAAAAAUAACAGGGAUAGAUUUGAGAAAAAUGGAUAAUAGAGUGACAAUUUAUGCUAUUAACUCCACAUGAAAAGUCAAAGAUUGUAUUGAUAGAGUAGAAUUUAUGGUUUUAUAAUGUUGAAUUUUUGUAACUUCUGUACGUGCAUUAGUAUCUAACACUUAACAGCCUCGACUUAUUAUUCAAUCAAGCCUGUACACUAUAUUCUAAUAAUUUAUACAAUAAGCAUUAUGUUUUCGU